AUGACACUGCCAAUGAAUCAUUACCUGAUGAUGAACUUUCUCAUGCUGGAAGGGUUUAAAAGGAGAGCUCCAGUCAGAGAAAGGCAGUUAGAAAGAGACAGUGAGAUAGUCAGCAGUUGGGGACACUGUCCAGCCAGAGAAAGUACGAUGAGUUGCAUAUGCUGUCAGAGAAAGAGAUGUUGCAGAAAGCAGUUAGAGAGAGAGAGGCAGAACAGCACUUGCAGAGUUGCAGUCACAAUCAGACAGCCAGAGAGCAAGAGAGAAAGACAGAGAGCAAGAGAGAAAGACAGAGAUCCAGAGAGUGAAACCAGACGAGCACUAGAGCAAGAGUUGUUCAAGAGAGUACAACUCAAAAACAAGCAAGCACAAGAUGAAGUGCAGCAAACAUCAGAAACCUCCGCAGUUUCGGCCGUCAGCUCCACAUCACAAGAGAAGACCUCUUAUUUACCUGGUAUGUUAACUGAUGUUAGUGUUAUUAAUGUAAAGUCAACAAGUAGUGAUGAAAAGAAAUCAUUACUUCAAUCAGAAAGUAGUAAAGAUUUUAUAGUACCCGAGCCGAGAUCAAGUACACCUAUCAGUUUUUUACAAAAUGCAAAUGUAAUGUCGAAUCAAUCGGCCUUAAUAAGGAUAUGUCAAUUAGAAGAUGAAUUAGCCCUUCUUCGUCAGCAAAUAGCUUCUAUUGUGAUAUCGCAAGAAAGUUCACUUUGUAAAACUUCCUCGGCCGCCAAAACAAUGCCGUCGACGUCUUCACUUCCCUCGUUGCCACCACCUCCUCCUCCACCUCCACCUCCACCUCCAAUGCCAUCAUCAUUACAUCCUCUGCCUCCUCCUCUUCCUCCAUUGCAAUUUCACUUGAAAAGUCAAUUAUCUAAGGUGAAAUUAAAUGAAAAAAAGAAAUCAAAAGAAAUUACUAGCACAAAAGAUAAACCUGUUAAUGGAUCAGAUGAUAAAAAACCUUUGCCUGAUAUGUCAGAAAUACUCAGAGGGAUAAAUAGCAUUAAAUUAAGACAUGUGGAAAGGUAGGUUUAGAAAAAAAAUUAUA